ACUGUAUGCUUGCAGAACAUUGCAGAGUCUGCACUGCCGAUGCGCAGUGGCUGCAAUUAAUUAUUCCAUUAAUAAAUACUGCGGCACAUUAGCCCAUCCUCGUUCGUCUACGAGUACAUUGUCUGUAUCAACGACAACGCGAGUCAAAGGCGAGUUGAUACCCACCUCUCACAAUGUCGUUCCGUAGUGCGAUGCGAUACAACUGGUACCAUUGCCGAUGCGAGCAUGAGAUAACAUCAUUUAUUUCCGGUUUCUGCCGGUCGGGAAUCCUUGCGUAUUCAGAGGGAUAUGCUAUUAUCCUAGGCAUAGUCGGCUCGGUAAUGUGCGCGAAUGAUAUUCGAAAGAUCAUCGACAUGGGUUGUAACCUGCCGUGUCACUUACACCGCGUGCGGAAGUACCUCUGGUCCUCACUGACGAAUCAUCAGUACAGAGAUAUGAAACUCGCAGCCACGGCGUUCUCGUUUGAGUAUUAUUUAAUGCUUGUCUUUGGUUCCAUCAUCGGUAGUGAAGUCUUUUUGGUCCCCUGGUUGAUCUUCGACGCUUUUUAUCUCAUUUUUGAGUUCGCCACUACGAUUCUCUCGAUCAUCUACGGCGAUCAUGUGAUUUCCAAACCCAAACACUUUCUGAUCUCAAUGUUCAUGAUCUACAACUGGCUGGCGAUCUUCUGCGCGUCUCUGAACAUGAGUGGCUCAUGCCAUGAUUAAUAAAUCGUACUCGUCAUGUUGAA